AUGUCAACGUCAAGGUGGUUGGACAGCCAGGUGUCUACGACGCGCUCGCCUGAAAAUAGCCAUAACUUGAUCGCCAUCUCUAAUCAGCUUGAUAUAACGGCGUCACACGCGGAUCGAAUAUCCCUGAACUCUAACUUCGUGGCGAAGCAGCCAACCACAGAGCAGAACCACUUCGACAAGUCUACUCUCUUGCAUAUGAACGCUUCGGAGAUUCCGGAUUCAGGUCAGUCUGUCCCGCGUCAUGCAGUUCUAUUAGCAGCGCCAGAAGAAGAGGCUGCUGGUCUCAUAUGGUCCGUUCCCCCAGCUUCGACCAAGUAUGGGUUGCGUCGUCACCAGCCUGACGUGCCCCUCAGGGAUACUGAGCAUUCGUCAUUGGCCGUUCCUCACCAGGGCUUCCAAGUUUGCCCUGGGAACCCCGAGUACGUGGGGACGCAAGAACCCCCUUCAAGACAGCCAAAGGAUAGCGACAAUGGUAUAGUUUUCAGGACCACCACCCCUACGAUUGAAUGUCGACCGGUGGCUUCCAUCGGACGUCGACGUGUGGCAGUAGCAAGUCAUAACUCAACUAUGGCCCAUUCCCGAGAGGACUAUAAUUUUGAACCAAUGGCCGAAAAUGCGCUAGGCAACAUAUAUCAAACGGUCAAUGAUGUUUCAGAGUCGCCGAAUGAAGCAAUGGUAUACGGGUUCCGGAAUCGCCGAUCAGAUAAGCCGACGAGAUACAGAGUUCCAGGCAUAGGGUCGGACGGGGUUGCCGCCAGUUCUCGGCCAUCCAGUGCUCGCAACAGCUCAGGUCCGGCCGUGAAUUGCAUUUCCAAUCCAGACAAUGGACGUGGGUUGGGACCCUCGAGUUUUGCAUUGCAACCUAGCGAUCAUACCGUCCAGGGAAAGAGAAAGCGUGAUCGACCACAAAGACCAACGAGAGAAUAUUUUGGUGUGAUCGACUCACAAGGAACACCCCCAAGGAGGUCAGACUAUGCAAGCUCCGUGGUGCGGCAUAAUGAAACUCACAUCCUCUCCAGGUCCCGCCCGCUUGCCAAUCGCUCAGAGCAUCGGGUUUCAAGUCCUGGUAGCAGCUCUACGCUAUCAGAAACAAACAGAGAUGCCAAGUGCAUUCUUGAAAAGCUGAACCAGAAACACACAAGAAUUUACGAGGAGGAGCGAUUACAUCGUGAACGCUUAGAAGCCUUGAAUGCAGAGCUGCACCAGAAGUAUGCUUCGCAAGAAGAGCAGAUUCGAGGCCAGGAAGCCCGACUGACUGAGCUGCUUCAGUCAGCAGCAGCGGGGGAUCUUGAAAAGAAGAGGCUGGCUCAGGAUGUGAAUUCUGAGAAGGCCGAACGGAUUGAUCAGGGGAGAAAGGUGGUCGAGCUUCGCCGUUUGCUGGAAGAGGAACAGCACAAAACCAAAGAACUUUCUGAGCAGAUCAAAGCUCAAGAUAAGACUAUCACGGAUCUUCAAAACAAUUAUCUUGGCUUUGAGGCCAAGAAGGCCAAACUUCGUGAAAAGGCAGCCAGGAUAAAGGAGACUGUCAACGAAGCUAUCAGAGAGCAGCAGGAGCUUCACCAACGUAACAAGAUCCGCUUGGAAGAGGUUCUCUGUGAAGUCAGGCAGGAAGCACAUGACAUCAAGGCCAAUUUUGGCCUGGCGCUCACGAAGAUUGAUCACGUACAGAAGCGUGCGUUGAAUGCAGCAAGGGCGGUCCGUCAAGAGAGCGCAGUGGCUCUCGCAGAGAGAGACCUCACCGUGAAGCAUCUUACAGAUCAGCUGCUGGAGAAGGAUGAAUGUCUUAUUCGUGAACAAGACACAAUCAGAAAGCUACUGGACAACCCAGGGAAAACCGAUGCUCGACUUCAAGCUAUAGAAACGAAUCUUGAUACGCGCUUCAGCGAAUUUCUGGAGCUAUAUGAACAAGAUAAACGUCGGCUUGCCAAGGACUCGGAGCACCAAGGUCAUCUGGAGUCCAAGCUUUCGCAUGAGAUCGGAACCACGAUUCCAAAUCAGCUGAGCCACAUCGAGGCCCACUUGGAGUUAUUGCAAACCCAGCACUCUGCGAGGGAGGAUGCUCUCGUCAUUGAGUUAAAGGAAUGCAAACAGGGCAACUCGGUGCUGGCAACAACUAUCGAGGAGAAGCACAAUGAGUGCGACCGUCUUGAGGCGGAGGUCUACAAGCUCCAGAAUGAUCUAGACGCAAAGACAUGCGAAAAUGCAGCACUUCAGGAGAAAGUUCACGAUGGGGAAAAGCAUCUAACCUGCAUGGCUGAAAAGCUAACUGAGAGUGAGCAGAGGUUGAGUGAUACCAUCAAAAUACAUGCAUCGGAAACGGAGCAGUGUCUAGGGCGCCUUGCUGCGUCUGAAGCUUCUUCAAAAAACAACGACCAAAGGGUUUCCAUCCUAAUGGCAGACCUUGAGAAAGCCCGUAAUGAUGCAACACAGGCUGGGAAGACGCUGAAUAUGGCCCAGGCUGCUUGGAAAGAGCAGUCAAUCGCUGCCGACCAGAGAAGAUGUGAACUUGAAGCACAAGUCAGCGAGAAUGAGAACGUGAUACGUGAGCUCCAAGCCAAGUUGAACGUACUGAAAGCGCAGCAGGAACAGGAAUUGGUAAAAGACCACGAGAGAUUGGCGGCAUCAGAAGCUCGAAACGAGCAAGAUGCCGCUGCUAUGAAGAGUCUGAAUGCACAACUGAAACAAAAAGAACAAGCCGUUCGAGAUGCCGAGGACCAUUCCAAUGUUCUUGCGAAUGAGUUGUCCGACUUACGGAAACGAGCGGCAGAGCUCGACCAACUACUUGUCAGGAAAGUUGACGACCUGGCAAGCAUGCAAGCCUCUCUCGAUGGUUGCACUGCUGAGUUGCAAUCAUCGGAAGCACGCCAUCAAUGCGCAGUUGCUACUAUUGCCGGCCUAGAAUCCAAUGUCAAUGAGCUGAAAACCGCCCAGCAAUCACUAGGGGCUGCCGGAGAACUGCAAGCAGAGUGGCACAAAUGGGUCUCGGCUCUUUGUGAGAGACUCAAGGAGUGGGUGGUACUGAAAAGUCCUACUGCUUCAAAGAUAUAUCAUGAGUUGCUGAAGCAUCAUGGCUUGGCGGGAGACAUGCAGGAGUUUGGCGAACUAGCCAGUGUUUUCCUGGCAAUCUACCAAUAUCUGAAGCAGCAGAUUACUCCCGAUGCGUCAGAGGUCUCGAAGCUUGCGUUGAUCCUCAAAAACGCCGAGGCCAAACGAGUCAAGCUAAACAGUCCGCUGGAGUUACCCUCUGCUGUACUUGUGUCUGUACAAGAGGAGAGAAACAUCCGCAGGUGCAGUGUGCGGCCUGUUCCCAUAUUGAGACAGACGCAACCUAACAUGCCGUCGACACCACAAGCCGAGAGAGAACAGCAAGCAGGCCGUUUUACCAAUCCUCAGGCCAAUAGCUUCAGGCGUCGAUCAAGCUUUCAGUCUAAUACGGACAAGCUUGGGUUCGACAACGUCACCCCAGAUGCGACUCGAGAGAGGAAUGAGAGCAACACUGCCGUGCCACCUGCUGCUUCGAGGAACGUGCAACCCCAAUCGCAACAAAAGUCACCAAAUAAGAUGGUGACUCGAAGUCGUCGAAGACUGUUCGCUGAUCACCAAUCCCAACCCUGA